AUGAAAAUUGCCCUAUGUGUGGAAUUCAGCAUGCUGGCUAUCCGUAAAAGACGUAGAAGACCUCAGCAGGAUGCUGAAGAUAACAUCAUAUUUGAAACUGAAAAGCCUGGUCUUCAAGAGCAGUACAUCAGCAAAUAUAAAGGCCGUGGCGCUUUCACCACUGAAUCUUUCUGCAGAGGAGACUUUGUUCUUGAAUACAGAGGUGAACUUCUGAGUUCAAAGGAGAGUCUUGAACGAACUAAAAACUACACUGAAACUGAGAGCACAUUCUUGUUUGAUUUUCAGUGGCAUGGAAAAUAUUGGUGUAUGGAUGCAUCCAAGGAAGACAAGUCCCUGGGAAGACUUGUCAACGAUGAGCACAAAAAUCCAACUUGCAAAAUGAGAACUGUUGAAGUGAAGAAAAAGCCUCAUCUUUGUCUAUUUGCUGUACGAGACAUUUUACCAGGUGAAGAAAUCACUUACAACUAUGGCGACUCGGACUGGCCGUGGAGAGCCAAGUCUUUAAAUGAACCGUCAACAGAAUCCAGUGAUGUAAAAUCAGUCAGCAGUUUGGGCCCACAGAAAUCGCAGCGGUUUCAAUCAAGAAUGUCAAAGUUGCGACAACAUCAUGAAGAUUGUUAUAAUCGCUUUAAAAGAGCAGAGACUGAGAGGAAUGAGAGUGAAAAGAAACAUCUCAAGCUAUUGCAUGAUCAGCUGUCCCCGUCACCCACUGAAGUAUGCACAUCUGAUACACCAUCACAUUCACCACUUAAUGUGCCGCAAUCCUCAUCACCUUUGCCCUGUGCUGCAUCCACCGCAGGGAAUGGCUUAUCACAGGAACCUGAGCCUGUCUCAUUAAGGGAGUACUCAUGGAAAGCCCUCAGUGAUUCAGAUGUUACAGACUACAGCGAUGUUGACUAUGUACCCAAGAGCAGCUCAGACGAAUCAGAUGAUAGUGCUUCUGGAUAUAGCAUGGUUGAAAGUAGCUUAGAUGAAGCUAAUGAAAAGACUUCUGGAAAAGGUAUGGUCAAAAGUUCUCUGAAAAAUCCAACUUCACCAUUUUCACAAAGCUAUAAAGAUACAAGCAGUUCAUCAGACACAGGCGUGACAACACCAUCACCAAAUGCUAAAGUGCAAUGCAAAACCAAAGAGACAGACCCCUCUUCUGAAGAUAGGUCUUUUAUUCAAUCAAUGCCAUCACCUGUGCAGGAUCGCAAGUCAUAUAAGAAGAAGCAGUAUUGUCUUUAUUGCUCUAAGCCUUUUUCAAAAAUGGCAAGACACCUUGAAUCUGUCCAUCGCAAUGAAGUGGACGUUGCAAAGGCAGUUGCGUUUCCAAAACAUUCUAAAGAGAGGCGAAUCCAGUUAAACCUCCUUAGAAAAAGGGGCAACUUUGCCCACAACACAGAUGUGGCAAGAAAUGGACAUGGAGAGAUGGUUGCCUGCUACCGUCCAAAAGAGAGCAAAAAAGCCAAGGAUUUCAUUCACUGUGUUUACUGCCAAGGGCUUUACAACAAGCGUAGCCUUUGGAAACAUUUAAAGAACUGUCCUCUGAAACCUAAAGAUGAUGAAUCCAAGGGCAGGAAAAGAGUCCGAUCACUCUGCGCUCUGAAAACUCCAGUUGGUUUAGAAGUGAGCAAAGGUUUAAAGAAUAUACUUUCCAUUAUGAACUAUGAUGAAGUUUCCGUGUUGUUCACUCUGACUGCUGCAUCAUGCAACUGGGGAGCACAUGUUUAA